UUUUCUCGUCUGCUCACAGGACGGAGAUGAUGCUCUUUCUUCCAGUCGUCGUCGUCGUCGUUGCUGUUACUGCUGGUGCGGCCGAUCUGGUUGUGGACACAAAGUACGGAAAGGUGCGAGGAUUCAGCACGGAAAAGAGUCAGAUUUUCUAUGGUAUUCCUUACGCGCAGCCUCCUGUGGAUGAUCUGAGAUGGAAAGACCCAGAGAAUGUGAAAUCAUGGUCUCCGGCUGUCUUAAAUGCCACCGAGCUCAAACCCGGAUGCCCCCAGUUCCACUGUACUGACCUUAGCCCGCCGAUGGUUUGUCCCAAAAAGGAAUCUGAAGACUGUCUCUACAUGAACAUAUUCGCCCCUCUGGGCACGACGUCGACGUCAGGGCUCGCUGUGAUGCUGUACCUGCACGGCGGUAACUUCGUGCACAUGAGCGCGAGUUCGCUGCUCUACGACGGACAGAUUAUGGCCAAACUAGGCGGAGUCCUCAUUGUCACCAUAGACUACAGGCUCGGUGCACUGGGGUUUCUUGUGACGGGGCAGACCAAGUUUGAUGCAGUCGGGAACUAUGGAAUUCUGGACCAGCGCCUCGCCAUGAAGUGGGUUAAGGAGAACAUACGGGCUUUUGGGGGAGACCCCAGUAGGGUCACGUUGUUCGGUCAGAGUGCCGGAGCGCAGUCAAUUCUGAUUCACAUGACGUCAGAGGAAAGUUACCAAUACUACGACAACGUGAUCGUGGAAAGCUCGCCUCUUUCUAUUCCUAUGAAGAAAUUCCCCGAGGCCAUAGUGCUGGGCGCUUUGUUCGCGGAGCUGGCGAACUGCACCAUCAGGGACAUACACUGUCUGAAGCGGAAGUCAGGGAGCCAGAUAGCUUACGCCCAAUAUCUAGCCAGGAAAAAGAUAUCUUCUCUACGUCUGCUGGAAGCAUUUGAACCCUGGGGACCAUUCCUUGACGAUAAACUCAUCUCUAAGGAACCAGUCUAUCAAUUCCAGUCGGGGAAGUUCGCCAAAAAGCCCAUCCUAAUCGGUACCACGUCGCAGGAAACCCAGCUCUAUGUUUUUGGCGCGUGGUCGCAUCCGGUCAGCACGUCAAUGUACGUUGAGCUGGUCAUGGGGACGGAGCCUGUUCACGGGGUGGAGGUCAUGAUUAUGUAUCCGCCGAACAAACCCGAGGAUGAGAGAGGAAACCUGGUUCUACUGAGCACGGAUUUAGUUUUUGGAUGUUCCUCGCGUAACGUCACACAGAACAUCGUCAAGUUCGGCGAACAGCGGGUGUGGAUGUACGUCUGGGACUACGCGUUCAAGUUCGCUGGGUGGGGCAACAUCACGUUCUGUCAGGGAUUCGUUUGUCACGGCUCUGAAGUUCCUUUCGUUUUCCAGUCGGCUGGACUCGGCGGGUUUACGUAUACUCCCGACGAGAUACAACUCAGCAAUGACGUCAUUGACUAUUGGACAAAUUUUGCUAAGACUGGUGACCCAAACAGGUCAUCAUCGGUCAAAGGUCCAAAGGGUGCCCGGAUGAACUGGCCAAAUUACAAGAAAGAAAACUCUUGGUCGCAGAUGCGUUUCAAAGCACCGGGUAGUUAUGUUGACAAUAACUUCAGAAGUUUUUAUUGUGAUUUCUGGGAUCGUAUUGGUUACAGUGCGUAAAACGAAGCGUUAUUUAGAGAAUGUUGUUUUCUGUCUGCGUCCGGCGUAUGUAUGUGCGUGCGUGUGUGUGCGAGCUUUUUGCCAUACACUAUCAGUUUAUUUUUGUGCCUGAUAUUAAAGCUUUAAAAAUAC